UUUAUGUAUGCGUUGAAUUUUAAGAUGCCUAAUUAUAGUUGCAAUAAAAUCUGAUCUCCCAGAUUCGAGAUGGCCCCAUGGACCAUCGGAUAACCCGCGUGCAUUAUCAGCACAAAAACCCUAGCACGAAGCUGACCGUUGGUCGCAAAGUCGCAGCCAACCCCUCAAUAUCCACUACCACAGGGCAUAUCAUCUUCUCUCACUCACUAAUUCUGCUAUUUUAGCUUCCUCUAGAUAGUCUGAUCUGAGCUCAGAGCUCUACCUUCUCCGAUUGGAGCAGAAAUGGACGCCGCUCAAGAAGCCCACAACAGAGAAGCUUUCCGACAAGCCAUCGUCAACACUCUCGAGCGCCGUCUCUUUUACAUACCCUCUUUCAAGAUCUACCGUGGCGUUGCUGGUUUGUACGAUUAUGGGCCUCCCGGUUGCGCCGUCAAGUCCAAUGUCCUCGCUUUCUGGCGUCAGCAUUUUGUUCUGGAAGAGAACAUGCUAGAAGUUGAUUGCCCAUGUGUGACACCAGAGAUUGUAUUGAAGGCAUCGGGCCAUGUCGAUAAAUUCACUGACCUUAUGGUUAAGGAUGAAAAGACUGGUACUUGUUACCGUGCAGACCAUUUGCUAAAGGAUUUUUGCAAGGAGAAGCUUGAGAAAGAUCCUAAGAUCACUCAGGAAAAGGCAGCAGAGUUCAAACACAUCCUUGCCGUGUUGGAUGAUCUUUCUGUCGAAGAACUAGGUGCAAAGAUUAAGGAUUAUGGUAUUACUGCUCCAGAUACUAAGAACCCUCUAUCUGCUCCCUAUCCUUUCAACCUAAUGUUUCAGACCUCAAUAGGGCCAUCUGGUUUGAGCCCUGGGUACAUGCGCCCUGAGACAGCACAAGGCAUUUUUGUGAACUUCAAAGACUUGUACUACUACAAUGGGAACAAGCUCCCUUUUGCUGCUGCUCAGAUUGGUCAAGCUUUUAGGAAUGAGAUAUCUCCAAGGCAAGGUCUCUUACGAGUUCGUGAAUUUACACUGGCUGAGAUUGAACAUUUUGUGGAUCCUGAUGAUAAGGCUCAUCCGAAAUUUUCUGAAGUUGCAAAAUUGGAAUUUUUAAUGUUCCCAAGGGAAGAUCAGGUGUCUGGACGAUCAGCAAGGAGAAUAAUUAUUGGGGAAGCAGUUUCUGAGGGGAUUGUCAACAAUGAAACACUAGGCUAUUUCAUAGGGAGAGUGUAUUUAUUCUUGACGUAUCUUGGUAUCGACAAAGAGCGGUUGCGAUUCCGGCAGCAUCUAGCAAAUGAGAUGGCACACUAUGCUGCAGACUGUUGGGAUGCUGAGAUUGAGUGUUCCUAUGGUUGGAUCGAAUGUGUUGGUAUCGCUGACAGAUCUGCAUAUGAUUUGCGCGCGCACACAGACAAAAGUGGUGUGCCUCUUGUGGCACAUGAAAAAUUUGCAGAGCCUAGAGAAGUGGAGAAACUUGUUAUAACUCCAGUGAAGAAGGAGCUGGGCCUUGCAUUUAAGGGUAACCAGAAGAUGGUGGUUGAAGCAUUGGAGGCUAUGGGGGAAAAAGAAGCUAUGGAAAUGAAAGCCACUUUGGAAUCCAAGGGAGAGGCUGAGUUUCAAAUUUGUACUCUUGGAAAGGAUGUAACUAUAAAGAAGAACAUGGUUACCAUAUCCAAGGAAAAGAAGAAGGAACAUCAAAGAGUUUUCACGCCGUCAGUGAUUGAGCCAUCUUUUGGGAUUGGAAGGAUAAUCUACUGUCUAUAUGAGCAUUCUUUCUACACAAGACCUAGUAAAGACGGGGAUGAACAAUUAAAUGUUUUUCGUUUCCCUCCCCUGGUAGCACCUAUCAAAUGCACUGUAUUCCCACUUGUUCAGAAUCAACAAUAUGAGGAAGUUGCUAAAAGCAUUGCCAAAUCAUUGACUGCAGCUGGAAUCUCCUACAAGAUUGAUAUAACAGGUACUUCAAUAGGGAAGCGAUAUGCAAGAACAGAUGAACUUGGGGUUCCUUUUGCUAUUACCGUGGAUUCAACAUCCUCAGUUACAGUCCGGGAAAGGGACAGCAAGCAGCAAAUUCGCGUGAAUGUGGAAGAGGUGGCAUCUGUAAUUAAGGACGUGACCGAUGGACCGAGCACUUGGGGUGAUGUGCUGUGGAAGUACCCUACUCACUCAUCGUGAUGGCCAGAUGAGUGAACUUGAGAGGCUUUAGCUGGCUUAUCAGCACUCCAUUGGUAACCAAAUAGUGUCAAGUUGAGUUCUAUUAUACAUCAAGAUGCUCUAAUUUUUGUCCUCAAACUCAUUUUACACUUUCAGGUUAUGGUUGUUCAAAUACUACUGGCACGAUUUAAUAUUAAUCUGUAUGCAGAAUAGUGCAACAUGUUUACAGGAUGUUAUCUCAGCUUGAAAUUCAGUCUCAUAUAUAUAGUUUAUUAUUAUGAAUUUAAAGCCCGACCAAACGAAGGGCAUGGGGCUUGGUUACUAAGUUCUGCAGGAAUGAUAAAUAACUAG